AUGCCGUCAGCCAGCCAUUGGCCGGGCAGGAGCCGAGGGCACCGGAGCCCAGUCCUCCCCGCUAGCCUUUGGGGAAGGAGCCACAUGCGCCUCCGCCUCGGAGCAGGGAGUGGCCCGAGGUGGCGGAGGAAGAGGAGGAGGAGGAGGAGAGGAAGGGAGGCGGCGGGCCGAGAGGGAGGAGGGCCUCUCCGGGAGGGAGCAUCGGGGAAGCCACCAUGGAGGACCCCUCCGCCUGCCUCCGCCUGCUGCUGCUGCUGCUGCCUGGAUGGAGCCCCUGAUUCCCGCCAGACACUCUCUUUCCCGGGAGGAAGAGGAGCAGGAGGAGAACAAUGAUUCCUGUCACCGAAUUCCGCCAGUUCACCGAGCAGCAGCCAGCCUUCCGGGUCCUGAAGCCAUGGUGGGAUGUUUUCACGGACUAUCUGUCGGUUGCCAUGCUCAUGAUUGGUGUGUUUGGUUGCACAUUGCAGGUCAUGCAAGAUAAGAUCAUAUGCCUUCCAAAAAGAGUACAGUCUUCUCAAAACAGUUCCCACCUUCCUAAUGUGUCAAGCUUGGACUCCAGUGCAGCCUCAUUUCUUCCACCCAAGCCAUCCACACCUCCUGCUACUGUUGAAAUGAAGGGUCUAAAGACUGAUUUAGAUCUCCAACAGUAUAGUUUUAUAAACCAGAUGUGCUACGAACGUGCCUUGCAUUGGUAUGCAAAGUACUUCCCCUAUCUUGUCCUUAUACACACCUUGAUCUUCAUGCUGUGUAGCAACUUCUGGUUCAAGUUCCCGGGGUCAAGCUCUAAAAUUGAACAUUUCAUCUCCAUUUUGGGGAAGUGCUUUGACUCUCCUUGGACAACACGGGCUUUAUCUGAAGUUUCGGGAGAAGACUCUGAAGAAAAGGACAAUAGGAAGAACAAUAUCAGCAAAUCAAAUGCAAUCCAGCCCAGUGCAGAAGGGACUCUGGUAAAGACUCAGUCUUUGAGAUCCAUACCUGAAAAGUUUGUUGUUGAUAAGGGAACACCUGGGGCACUGGACAAGAAAGAAGGAGAACAGGCCAAAGCACUGUUUGAGAAGGUGAAAAAGUUCCGACUCCAUGUUGAAGAAGGCGAUCUGCUCUAUGCUAUGUAUGUCCGCCAAACUGUGUUGAAGGUGAUUAAGUUUCUUAUCAUCAUUGCAUAUAAUAGUGCACUAGUUUCAAAAGUUCAGUUUACAGUAGACUGCAAUGUUGACAUUCAAGACAUGACAGGAUACAAGCACUUUUCUUGCAACCACACUAUGGCACAUUUGUUCUCUAAGCUCUCCUUCUGUUACUUGUGCUUUGUAAGUAUUUAUGGCUUCACAUGCCUUUAUACUUUGUACUGGUUGUUUUACCGCUCAUUGAAGGAAUAUUCUUUUGAGUAUGUCCGACAGGAGACGGGAAUUGAUGACAUCCCAGAUGUCAGAAAUGACUUUGCUUUCAUGCUUCAUAUGAUAGACCAGUAUGACCCUCUUUAUUCCAAAAGGUUUGCUGUGUUUCUUUCAGAGGUCAGUGAAAACAAACUAAAGCAACUUAAUCUAAACAAUGAGUGGACUGCAGAUAAACUGAGGCAAAGACUACAGAUGAAUUCCCAUAACCGUUUGGAGCUGCAACUAUUUAUGCUGUCUGGACUCCCUGACACAGUUUUUGAAAUUACAGAGCUUCAGUCACUAAAACUCGAAAUCAUUAAUAAUGUCAUGAUCCCGGCCACUAUUGUGCAACUGGAUAACCUCCAGGAACUCUCAUUGUACCAAUGUUCUGCAAAAAUCCAUAGUGCAGCCUUGGCAUUUCUGAAGGAAAAUCUGAAAGUCUUGAAUGUCAAAUUUGACGAUUUCAGAGAGCUUCCUCCUUGGAUGUACGGACUCCGAAAUCUGGAAGAGCUGAGCUUAAUCGGUUCUUUGUGUCAUGAUAUUUCUAAAAAUAUAACUCUGGAGUCUUUUCGAGAACUUAAGAACCUUAAAGUUUUGUACAUUAAAAGUAAUUUGUCCAAAGUCCCACAGUCUGUGGUGGAUGUUUCAAGUCACCUUCUAAAGAUGUGCAUUCACAAUGAUGGCACAAAACUGGUAAUGCUCAACAACCUGAAAAAAAUGUCUAACCUGACAGAAUUAGAGCUGGUGCACUGUGACUUGGAACGUAUUCCCCAUGCUGUUUUCAGUCUUGUCAGUCUCCAGGAAUUAGACCUGAAGGAAAACAAUCUCAAAUCCAUCGAGGAAAUUGUUAGCUUUCAACACCUUAGGAAACUUACAAUCCUGAAGUUGUGGCACAACAGUAUAACCUACAUUCCAGAGCAUAUAAAGAAGCUCGGUAGCCUGGAACGGCUUUCUUUUAGUCACAACAAGAUAGAGGUUCUCCCAUCCCACCUUUUCCUAUGCAACAAAAUUCGAUACUUAGACUUGUCAUACAAUGACAUCCGAUUCAUUCCUCCUGAAAUUGGGGUGCUCCAAAGCUUACAGUACUUUUCAAUCACUUGCAACAAAGUGGAAAGUGUACCAGAUGAGCUGUACUUCUGCAAAAAACUCAAGACGCUGAAGAUUGGGAAAAACAGCUUGUCCGUCCUUUCUCCUAAAAUUGGAUACCUGGUGUUGCUAUCUUACUUGGACAUUAAAGGAAAUCACCUGGAAGUUCUACCCCAGGAACUGGGUGAUUGCAGAGCUCUGAAGAGGAGUGGUCUCAUGGUUGAAGAUGCCCUGUUUGAAACUCUGCCCUUGGAUGUCAGGGAACAGAUGAAGGCAGAAUAGCAUCCAUUUCUCAGUUCUUUGACAGAAACUUAUCUCUGCCAAAUGCCAUGUAUAUAACAGCUAGCCUGAAUAUGCCUUUAAAGUCUAUUUUUUAUUUUGGGGGGUCUCUUUUGACACGUUUUCCAUAUGGACACUUUUGAAUUAAGUAUAUAUGCAUAUUUUUGUAUUCAUUUCUCCCUCCACGUUGGUGUUUGUUUUUAAUUUUGCCGUUACACUGUGGACCCUCUGUGAUUCUUACUUUGUAUUGGUGGAAUCAAAUGGGUUAUCUUCACUUUUUAAAAAGCAUGGGCUAGUUCAGAAAAGGUUAGCAUAUUUCCAACUAUAUAAUUGAGCUAACUGGUGUUAAGUAGAUGAAUACAUGGUUACAAUAGCAAUGGUAUUUCAUUCCAUUCUGUUUUUUCCAUCAUCAUCCAGUCCUUUAAGUGGUAAGUGUCCUCUGUCCUGUUUUUAUCCUAGUUGUGGGUCAUUCUAACUUACUCAGGUCGGAUUGCCCUGUUCUUUAAGCCUUAUUUUGGCAGGCUAGUUGUCUUUUGUGGAUAAGAGCUAUUCUGGAUUGAGAAGGAGCUUUCUGUGUGUAUAGAACAUCUUCUACCACUUCAGCUAAUAGAAGCCUUGUUUUCUGGGCUUUUAAGGGUCCUUCCACACAACCAUAUAACUCAGAAUAUCCAGGCAGAAAAUCCCACAAUAUCUGCUUUGAAUUGGGUUAUCUGAGUCCACACUGCCAUAUAUUCCAGUCCAAAGCAGAAAAUGUGGGAUUUUAUUCAGCUGUGUGGAAGGGGCCUAAGUCAAACCAUACUUCUGGAUAUCAUGCUGUAUUUUGUCGAAAGGCUGUACUGAAAGAUUCUUAAUUUGCCCCCUUUGUAUGUGUUGGUGCUCCUUAAUGUACAUGGGUAUGUUUGUGCACGUUGCAAUCAUGGAACUAUGAACUUACAAAAGUAACCCUGUGAUCUUCCUAUCAUAAAUGUACUUUGUGAUUCUUUGGUGAUAGUAUCCAUUAUCCAAAAGUGCUUGGGACCAGAAGUGUUUGGGAUUUUGCGUGAUGGGGGAUUUAAAAUAUAUCUGGAUCUAGAUAAUGAGAUGUGUUGGAGAUCUGACCCAGUUCUAAACAGAAUUCAUUUAUGUUUCAGAUACACAUUGUACACAUAGAUUGAAUUUAAGUAUAUACAAUACUUUUAAUAAUGCCGGGCAUGAAACAAAGUUUAUGUACACUGAACCAUCAGAAGGCAAAGGUAUCACUAUCUAAACCACCCAUUUGUGCAUUUUUUUCAUUUUGGAGGAUUUUGGAAUUCCAGAUGAGAGAUGCCCAAUCUGUUUAAUGUACACAUAGGCAUGUAACUUAUUGGUAGCACCAAUCAGAUUUAAAUCCUUUGGAUCAAUGGCAUUUACAUCAGUUUUGUUCAUCAGUUGAUUCACUGGGACCAUCAGUCAUGCAAUUUCUGACGCAUAGUACCCCUAGGGCAAACUUAUCAUGGGGCUUUCUUGGCAAGAUUUAUCCAGAGGUGAUUAGCCAUUGUCUUCCUCUGAAGCUAAUUAGAGUGUGACUUGCCCAAGAUCACCUAUGACAUUUUUGAAGCUAAGUGGGAAUUCGAGCUCUGGUUUUCCAGAGUCCAAGUCCAAUGUUUAAAUACUGCUUCUUAUAAAUAACAUGCAUCAUGUUAUAAUGAAAAUAGAAUGUUUGUAUUUAAAUGUUAUCAGUGUUAUAGAGAGUUGCAUUUUUUCUGAUUGUGUUUUCAUGUUGAUGCUAUUAAUUAAUUUAAGAUUAAAAUUGGGGACCUGAAAAGACGGCUAGAAAGAGGGGGAUACAUAUAGUACCUACGCUUACAUUCCAAUCUAGCCAAGUUAUCCUCAAAUGGAAGAAGUUAUCCUUGCAUUUAGCUACUGUGGAUGCAGAUUGGCAUUUCAAUGCAUAUUCUUAUGCACCCCAUAAACCCAGUUCCAUUGCAAUGGCUGUAUAUAUUUCGAAAAUACGUUCGGUGGGGAUAUACAGCUCCAUCCUAACCAUGUCAUUAGAUGGAGAGAUAUAGCUUCAGCCCCACCACAUCACUGUUGCCUUUAGUGUCACAAUACGCCAUGAUUUAUUGUCAUUAAAAUGGGCCCAGUCAACCUGCAAA